GCAAGCCCUGUCAAGUGGCCCCAAGUGUAGGAUGUACCGCGCGACGGCAGAGCGAAGAGUAGGCGUCGUUGGGCCCCCAUGUGAUGCGUUUCCGCCCACGGACAAGCCAUGCGCGCCGGGCUCCUCCUGCCAACCUUCUCGAACCAUUCCUAUAUUAUACGCCGUGCUCUGUGUAUCAGAAAACGAGUGCAUAUGGCGCCAAGAGCGACGACAGGACCAGGGGACCACGAACAUCAACACGAAAGAAAUCCCAGGCAAGGGAUACCCCCAGAUCGAGCGCCAGACGAAGGAAUCCCCACAUCUAACAAAUCCACUCCCUCAAGUGUCCGUCGAUCUGCAAAAUCAGCUUGGUGUCCUCCCCGACCAUACCCUCAUAAGAUGCGAGAACCUCCCAUUUUCCUCCAAGGACUUCCGAGUCAUUUUCAUGGUGAUGGAUCGAGAGAGGAUGCAGACGUUCACGUACUCCACAAAGCAUACCCGCAGCCAGCAUCUCCUGUACCACCCGCAGCGGCCGAUAGGUUUCCCCGCGUCGGUUUCUGAUGCGCACCCAGCCGUCGAUGGACGUAGUAGUGGAUCUUCGACAGUCGCCGUGACCGGCGGAGGAGCAAUGCAACUCGAUCCUACGACGAUCCGCGGAGGUAGGAUGGCCCUUGGAGAUGGCGAAGCUGCGAGUGAUGAACGUUCUGGUGGACGAUCUGCAUCCAUUCAGAGAAUUUGGGCUGAGAGGUCGUCGGAGCGAGCGAUGCCAAGGCUUUAUGGGUUUCCUUCAAAGACUACGACAUCCGAGUUUUGCGACGCCGAAGGAGUGUUGAGGACGUGGAGCCAGAGCCCUGGUGCUCCCGGGGUCGGCGAUCGUGGUCACCCGCACAAAGAACGCCCGCGAGGAGAUUGCGGAGGUCGUCGACGAUCGUGCAAGUCGCGCGGCUCGGAGGGGAAGUGGGUUUGCGGUUUUUGCUGUUCUCGCUGCGAGAGGCGCUCGGACAGCGAAGGAGGCGUCCAAGUGUCGUUUCUCUUGGACACUGUCUGCGAAAACGGGAUGAAGACCCAGGGCCAAGGUGGUUUCCGAGCAAGGCAGGGUGAAGUUGCUGACUUUGAGAAAGCGGGUUUGAGACAGAAAAGGGGACCCAAUCCGGUUGCCGUGAUAUUGACAUUGGAACACUUGGGGGACAGAUGUCGAAAUCCGCCAUUCUCCAAGUUGCUGCUACGGUCACGCGUCGGCCUCAUUCUCCGCCGUUCGGACUUGCUAUUUGGCCAGCGUACGGAAAGCUUGGCAUCAACAGCAGACAUUCCAGGCUACCAGAUGAAUCCUGAGCCCGGGAUUGCGCGCCCUUUGUCGAUGUCCGUGACGGAAGAAAAUAUGUAA